AUGCCUCCUCAUUCCCCCCCCCCCCCUUGUGUGGACAUCUGUGUCUUGUCCUCAGUCACCAUGCAGUCACGUCAAUACUGCAGGAAAUCACCGCCACAGCCCCAGCCACCUCGGUGGUUCUCGAAUGGCGCUCGUGUGCCAACGGCCGACCCACAGGCGACUUUCAUAUCGCCAUCAUCACCGUUGCCCUGUGUUGCCCUCACUCCACAGCGUCUCCAUUCCUCAGCGAAGAUGCAGCCUCCUGUCAUUCCCCGCCAAGCCGGUGCGCCUGCAGCAUCAGCUCUCACGUCACCGUUGGCUGUCUCGUCUUCCCACUCCCUUCCAGCGGACUCCACUGUGCUCUCUGUUCACUCUGCUGCGUCUGGCAGCAUCUCCCGCAUCGGCGUUCGCGACGUCGCUGAGCUCGUACGACACCUUGCCGAAUCCCGCUACAUGACCCGUCAGCUGCAGCAGCGCGUUCAUCAGAUGGAGUCCUCUUUCUCCGUGAAAGCAGAAGCAAUAGGCAACUCUACCCUGAGCGACGUCCCCACGCAGCGAAGCACCAAAGCUGCAGCGCAGGGGACCGACGAGCGCCUUGCCACGAGCGAUGAGGCAAAGGCCGCCGCCGCAGCUGGGCAGGCGACGCUUCUUCAUUCUCACAACCAAGGGGCGGAGACGAGCAAGAGGCGGCAAUGCCCCGCCAACGCGCAAGGUGGGGAGUUGACGUGCAGGACGGCCCCCACCUCUGCGCGGGCUGCAAAGAAGACAAGGAGAGUCUCCGCUGCCUUUCGUCGAUCGCGGUCGGACGACUCCUCCUCUCCUCGCUCCCCAUACCGCUGCUCGUCAUUGAUAAGGUCCUCCCUUCCCGUCACGGCAUCCGCCACCGCGUCUGCAACUACCAGCAGUCUACCGUCCACCAGCCCACCCAGCUCCAUUGCUGAGUCCCCAGUGCGACGCGGGGCCCCCUCUCAGACAUCGCGGUGUGCAUCGAAUGAGUCCUUCCCCACCACAUCGCCAAGACACGGGCGAGACAGAACAUCACGAAAACCUCAUCGGCCUCCACGAACACACUCGGCUCCAGAGAGGCCAAGGCAGCGGGCGCGUUCCGGUAUCCACAGCCGUCGUGACACCGCCGUCGAUGUGCCUUGCAGACGUGAGGAGCAGCACCGUAGAGGCAGUGCCAAGCGCCACCGAACCCAUACUCGCUUGCCGAAGCACCGCCACCACAAGGCGCACGACAACGAAGGUAAUAGGACGACUGCAGCUAGCGGUGGUGGUGCAGAACGUUUCGCAUCAUACGGCGCGUCUGUUUCACUGACCCGGUAUCAUCCACGCUCCUCAGCGACGGAGUUAGGGCGACAUCGCCGCCUUCGAAGCGCGGCUGGUGGAGGUGGCGAGCUGGAAAAGGAAACGCGAUGCGCCAACUCCGCAGCCGCGCUGCCUGCACCGGGCGAAACGCGAGUCUCAUCGUCAAGGAGGGAAAAGGCGCUUGUGUGGCAGAGGCGCUACUAUGAGUUGCUGGCGCGGUACACGGACGAUACGACACGGCGGGAUGCCGAUCUGGCAGACAUCCAUGAGAUGAUCGAGUACAUUAGCUGGGAGCAAGACCGAUCGCGGCAUUGCCAUCGUCAGCAGCACCACACACGGACUGUGCAGGAUGAAGUAGAGGGUAAAGGACGUCUGCCUUCACAAGAUGGCGCAGCACCACAAGGCAGCGUGCAAGGUGUUGUGGGUGCGGGUGAUACUGCACGCAACGAACCCGCCGUAGCGACACCACUGGCGGUUGCUCCCGCACACCGAAGCGGAACAAUGGCCACUGAGGACGACGACGGCAACCCGGGCGGUCACGCGACCCCAGGCAAUGCGGCAGCCCCUGUACACGACGCUCUGGAGUACAUCGAAGCACUGCGUUGUGAGGCGGACGCGUGGCGACAACGCUGUCUUGCCCUCCUACAGCAGCAGCAUCAGCCACAACAGCGGCUAGGCGCAGAGGCGACGUGGGUCAGCGAUGCCUCCGUCGCGCCGUUGCCACCGCGGCCUUCAUCGGUGGCCGCCCAGCCGCCACCGCUUGCACUCGGCACUGCGCUCACUUCACGCCAUGUAGAGCUGCUGAUGAGCACGAAUACGUCCACCGUGGCGGAUGAAGAAGCAGGCGUCAUGGCUGGGGGAGGGGACAGUGCGUGUGAAAGGGCUGUCUCAACGGCAGCAGCAGCGCACCCUAGCGAGAAUGCCGUGCCCAGUAAGGCGUCAUCGCCACCGCUGCCAAGCUACCCCUCAGCGCCAGCACCUAUGGUUGCGCAGGCAACACAGCUCCCAUUACCAGGUGCCACUGCAGCGGCAGGAGUCGCAUCUUCAUCAGCCCGUCAGCUAUGCCAUCCUUACGCCCCUCCGCGCUUAGUUUCCGCCUCACACAUCUCCUCGGUAGGGGCGGCGAAAUUCGAGCCACGAUUUCUCACGCCACCUCCGCUGUUGCAGGCAAGACCACCAGUGCAGCUAGCAGGCGGCGCGCCGUCGCCCCCAGCGAGCAGUUCCAGUCCCGUGGCUUCUUCGUUGCACCCCUCGCCAGCGAAGCAGCCUCUGUUUGUCGGUGUGCCGGGGUAUCAGCCGCUGAACCCACACUACGGCUCGCGUACCGCGUGGUCAAGUCAGGCCUUGUCGGCGCUACCCCCGUCAGGGAAAGCGCUGCCAUACCGUACCAACAGCAGCCACCCUUCUCCCGCCACUACUUCAGUUUUCAUUGAUGCGCCGCCCUUCGACACGAGUGCGGCCUCCGCCUGGGCAGACGUGGUGGGAGGUGGGGUGCAGAAGGGCCACGUACAUAAAGUCCGUAGUACAUCCCCGUGGCCGCUCGAUGCCACACUUGAGCGUCAGUGUCACAGCCAUCUUCCAGCUUCGUCUCCCGCCUCCGUGCCUGAGGCAUUCAUACCGCAUCCGCCCACCUCCUCCCUCUUUCACGUGUCGCCUCCUUUGCCCAUGGCCCCACAGGUUUCGCCCACACGUGAGCAGCUGGAGCGUGACAUUCGCCGCCAUGACCAGCUGCUGGCUGCGAUCGGGAAGCUGCAGAAGACAGCAGCCGAGCACGCCAUGAGACGCGGGCUCUAA